AUUCUCUUUCCACUAGCCCGUGUUAGCAAUCUCACGAAGUAGUGGAGCCGUGUCAGAAUGACUGCAGUAAAAGCACUAAAUCCGAAAGCAGAGGUGGCCAGAGCUCAGGCUGCCCUCGCUGUGAACAUUAGCGCCGCUCGGGGACUUCAAGAUGUGCUCAAGAGUAACCUCGGACCUAAAGGAACCAUGAAAAUGCUGGUAUCCGGCGCUGGAGACAUAAAGCUAACUAAGGAUGGCAAUGUUUUGCUGCAUGAGAUGCAAAUUCAGCAUCCAACUGCCUCCUUGAUUGCUAAAGUAGCCACAGCCCAGGAUGACAUUACUGGAGAUGGUACCACAUCCAACGUGCUCAUUAUUGGCGAGUUGCUGAAACAGGCUGAUCUUUAUAUCAGUGAGGGUCUCCACCCCAGGAUCAUUGCUGAGGGCUUUGAAGCUGCUAAAGACAAGGCACUCCAGGUGCUGGAAGAGGUGAAGGUUACCAAGGAGAUAGACCGUGAGAUUCUGGUCAAUGUGGCCAGGACCUCACUGAGAACCAAAGUCCACACAGAGCUUGCUGACCUGCUAACAGAGGCUGUGGUGGAUGCAGUGUUGGCCAUAAAGAAACCUAACGAACCCAUUGAUCUUUAUAUGGUGGAGAUUAUGGAAAUGAAGCACAAAACGGACAGUGAUACACAAUUGAUCAGAGGUCUGGUGUUGGACCAUGGUGCCAGACAUCCUGACAUGAAGAAAAGAGUGGAAGAUGCUUACGUUCUGACCUGCAAUGUCUCUUUGGAAUACGAAAAAACUGAGGUGAAUUCUGGCUUCUUUUACAAGAGUGCCGGUGAAAGAGAGAAGCUGGUGAAGGCUGAAAGGAAGUUCAUUGAGGAGCGUGUGCGCAAAAUCAUUGAGCUGAAGAACAAAGUCUGCGCUGACAAUAACAAGGGCUUUGUGGUCAUCAACCAAAAGGGCAUCGAUCCAUUCUCCCUAGAUGCUCUGGCCAAAGAAGGCAUUGUGGCCCUGCGUCGGGCAAAGAGGAGGAACAUGGAAAGACUGACCUUGGCCUGUGGUGGGGUUGCGAUGAACUCUGUGGAUGAUCUUACUCCUGAAUGCCUGGGCUAUGCUGGUCUCGUCUAUGAACACACACUGGGAGAGGAGAAGUACACGUUCAUUGAGAAGUGUGGAAACCCACGCUCAGUUACACUGCUGAUUAAAGGGCCCAACAAACACACACUGACACAGAUUAAAGACGCUGUGAGAGAUGGUCUGCGCGCAGUCAAAAACGCCAUUGAAGAUGGUUCUGUUGUACCAGGAGCAGGAGCUUUUGAGGUGGCUGUGGCAGAUGCUCUGGUGAAACAUAAACCAAAAGUGAAAGGCCGGGCGCAGCUGGGUGUGCAAGCGUUUGCUGAUGCUCUGCUCAUCAUUCCAAAGGUCCUGGCCCAGAAUUCAGGCUACGAUCCACAGGAGACACUUGUGAAACUGCAGACUGAAUUGAAAGUGUCAGCACAGCUCAUCGGUGUGGACCUGAGCACAGGUGAGCCUAUGUUAGCUGCAGAGGCUGGUGUUUGGGAUAACUACAGCGUUAAAAAGCAGCUGCUUCACUCAUGCACUGUAAUCGCUAGCAACAUUCUGCUAGUAGACGAGAUCAUGAGAGCCGGAAUGUCCUCCCUCAAAGGCUAAACUCACUGAGCAUAAUAAACCGACGGGUUGAAGAAGACUGCAGGUGACCUGUGGUUUGACGCUCAGAUGCCUGGAGUACUGCGCCAAGUCCAUCUUGCCUGGAUUAAACAGCGACAGCAACCCACUUCGUUAUAUGUCCGCUAGUAAUUUUCUUUCGGAAACGUCACUCUUCCACUUAUCAGUUGGGUUAUUUAUGAGAUUUGUUUAAAAAGCACUGAACUUUGUACCCAUCAAAUGUUUUGGUUUAUGAGAAGUCCAUGAGUGUCAAAUGCCCUCCAUGACUUAUUAAAGAAACCAAUAAUCCUUAUCAAACAAAGAGAUCAUACUGCGUCAUCUAUACCUUUAACAUUUUUACUUAAACAGAAUAAACACAGCAUUCAACA